UCCACAACAGUAAUUUCAAGGUCACAUCUAAUUUCCCUCCAAAUCUGCAAUCUCCGUUUUCCACAGCCUAUCAAACAACUUCCCUUCCUUUCCUUGUGUCAAGUGUUCAACUUUUUUUUUCUUCUCUUUUCCUUCAAAGAGUGCGACAAUGGUUUCCCGUUUCCAGGCGGCAACGCUGGUUGCUUCACCUUCGUUCCCGAACUCCAUCGCAUGGUCCGACGAGAACCUAAUUGCCGUUGCAUCCGGUCACCUUGUCACCAUUCUGAAUCCUGUAUUGCCCUUUGGACCUAGAGGCCUGAUCACUGUUCCCAAGAGUGAACCUUACCCCAUUGGGGUGGUAAAAAGAGAAGAUCUAGCAUCUGGUUGUUUGUUGCCCAUUACAUUAAGUCGGGAUCCUCGUCCCUAUGUUCGUUCAAUUUCGUGGUCUAAUCUUGGAAUGGCUCCUAACUCUGGGUGCUUGCUGGCUGUGUGCACCACAGAAGGACGUGUAAAGGUUUAUCGCCCUCCCUUUUGUGAUUUCUGUGCUGAGUGGAUAGAGGUUUUGGAUAUAACAGAUAGGCUUUAUAAUUAUCUUUCAAGUAUUAGUUUUGAGGAAGCAGACAUUCCUCCGUCAGAAAUUUCUAAUGAGCCAGUGCCAACCCAUGGUUGUGUUGAUAAUCCACCAGACUCUGUUUCAGGAAAGGAGCACAAGCGAAGAAGGGUGAACACGUCUGGCGUUAGCAACUUUGACUCAGAACCUUCUAGUGACCAAAUAUCAUGUUUUAAAAAUGGCAAGGCUGUCAAUGCUGGCCCCAGCCCUUCCACCGAAGUGGAGGGACAGGAUCUUCACAAGGUGCUGAAUACUAAAUCUGGCAGGGGAAAAAGUUCACAUCAGACAGUUCCCGCUAUCAAAUCUAAAGGAAAAUCUGCCAAGAAAAUACCUGAAGUUUGUAACUUACCUUUGAUAACUGCAGAUCAAUAUGCUUCACGUAAUGCGAUGCUAUCAUCACUUGUUCUUGCCUGGUCUCCACUGCUCAAGUUGUCACCUGAAAUAUGUCUGGCUCCUGAAAAUAAUUCCUCCAACUGCUUCUCUCUGCUAGCUGUUGGUGCAAAGUCUGGUAAAAUUUCAUUCUGGAGAAUUCAUGCACCGCAAUACUACUCUAUUGAGCAGAUUAGGGCUCCUACUGCUGUGGAACUCACUGGGAUCCUUCAGGCACACAAUUCCUGGGUCACCACUAUAAGUUGGGCCCUGCUUGGUUCUGAUUCUUCAAAUCCUCAAGUUUUAUUAGCUACUGGGAGUACUGACGGGAGUGUGAGGAUCUGGAUAGGGCAUGGGGAGGAAUUGUUAAAGUCAUCAGAAGUUAAUAAUGCUCCAUUUUAUCUAUUGAAAGAGAUUAUAAAUAUUUAUGCUGUCCCAGUCUCGAUGCUUUCACUUAUGCCCUCUCUGUCACUUCAUCAAAUACUCUUGGCGGUUGGCAAAGGAUCUGGAGCUUUUGAAGUGUGGAUUGGAGACAAAUCUGCAAAAAAAUUUCAUAGAGCUGGCUCAUAUGGUGCCCAUGACCAAGUUGUGACUGGUUUAGCCUGGGCUUUUGAUGGAUGUUUUUUGUACAGCUGCAGCCAGGAUAAUUUUGUUCGUAGCUGGAGUUUAAUUGGGAGUUCCCUUACUGAAGUGCCCAUUCCCUCAAGUUUUCCUGGGCUAAGGAGCUUCAGUGAUCUCCCAGAUGUGUUUAUCUCAUGCCUUGGUCUGGUGGUAUCACCUAGUAAUCUUGCAGUUGCAAUGGUUCGAUGUUUUGAUGUUAAUCAGUUGGACCACAUGUAUGAAGCAAGGCUUCAGAAGGCUGCUGUUGAAUUUUUCUGGAUUGGAGGGCAACAAAAGGACAUUUUGUCAAAUACUUCCCUCGGGUUUGAUAUUGAAGCCUUUCCUGGUUUUUCAGAGAAAGAACUUGUUUAUUGGAAUUCCAAUAUUAUCUGCUCUCUAAAGCAAUAUGAACAGUGGGAUAAGGCACUGGUUGUUUGGGAUAUUAUAGCUGCAUUAUUGGCCUUCAAGGGGUCAGCACCCCAUUAUGUUGAACAUGUCCUGGUUAAGUGGCUGUCAAUGUCAUUUUUGGAUUUGCAUAUGGAACAUUCUAUGGAAAAGGUUCUGCUACAUGUCUGUAAAAGUUUUUCUAAAGCUGCUUCUCGCCAGUUGCACCUCCUUAAUAUCAUUGGCAGACGGGUAAUACUGUCAGAGCUGAAGGCAGAUGAAAUAAACAGCAACUUGCUGAACUUAGGAGUAGAUGAGGCCAGUUUUGCUCAAGAUAGGCAAUUUAAUUUAUGGAUGGAGUUACUUUCAAGCAGUGAAAGAGAACUUCGUGAAAGGCUUGUGGGUUUUAGUUUUUCUGCUUACAGAAGUCUUACAUCCAAUUCAACCUCCUGUUCUUCCAAGCCUGGACAUUGGUAUCCUCUUGGUAUAGCACAAAUGGAGCAGUGGAUUGCACAUAAUAAUUGUCAUGUAAGCAAGCAACUAAAAGUCAUGGCAGCAGAGAUUAAAACCUGCAAGAGCAGGAACUACUGCAUUGAACUGGAAGCAGAAGAGCAAUGUAGCUAUUGUUCAGCACCGGUUCCUUUUGAUUCCCCAGAAUUUGCCGUUUGCAAGGGUUUGAAGAGCAAUGGUGGAUUUGAGCAGAAGCAUAAAUUAGCAAGGUGUGCUGUUUCUAUGCAGGUUUGCCCUACAACUCCCUUAUGGCUUUGCAAGUGUUGUCAAAGAUGGACUGCCAACCUUGCACCGGAGACUCUUUUUAUGAUGCCUAAAUAUUCUCUAGAUUUUAGUUUGUCACCCGAGUCUUCUCUUGUAAAAGUAGCCUCCAAACCACUAUGUCCCUUUUGCGGGAUAUUGCUACAGAGAUUCCAACCAGAAUUUCUUCUCUCUGCACUGCCAGUGUAAUCUUCACCCCUAACACUAUGUAUAUUGUUUGUUAAAAAAGUUUUUAAUUAUUACUAGUAUUGACUUUCAUUUAUUUUUCUUAAAUAGAUGAAAGGAAGGAUGUCAUAAGUGAUAGAAAAUAAUGAGUUUUUGCUUGGGACUUCUCUAACUUAUAAUUAAGCGAAGGCUAUUAAAUUUUUAUCAGCAUCUAAUCAUUUGUGUAGUUAUGUCGUAUUUGUUUUAUAUGAAACA